CCAGAAUCUAAAACAAUACUUCCAACAUUUAUAAAAUUGCGACUUUUGUGUGCGACCAGUUUCUAUCAGCUUCACUGUAAUUUAACGUGCAUGUAGUAGCCUGAUUUUUUUUUAUUUCCAUCUAAACGUUUGAUUUGAACCAAGAUAAUUCAAGUGGAUCGGCUGCAUUUCCUAAAAAUGUCUACUGUUCUUUUUUUCUAUGCUUCUAUGAAACAUGAACCCAAAGAAAAGGGACCUCCAUGAUUCAAGAAUGGCAAAGAUAACAAUAACCUCAUCAUCAUCAUCUCCGAUGCGACACUAUCACGAGGCUCAAAACUCCUCGACUUUGCACUGUGUCGUCGGGAUUAUUUUCUAUCUCUUCUGCUACUGCUAUUCUUCCCAUUAUCUAUCUCCCCACUCCACCAUGAAGCUCUCAUUCAACGAUGUGACCCAUAAAGAACGCGGUAUUCUCGACCGACAAUAUGACGGAUCGCCCUUUGCACAACACCAAAAGGAAACACCUGACCAACAACAACGCGAACCGACCGAACUGGCCAUUUUCGACUUUGACUCCACGUUAUUCUAUUCGCCCCUAUUGAGCCCUACGCUAUGGCAUCCCACACUCGUGCAUGCGUUGACGACGGAAAGGUUUUUAGGCCCAGGAUGGUGGCGGGAUGUACGUAGCUUAGAACUCGGCGAGGAAGUAGAAGCCUCGGGUUGGGAAGGGUACUGGAAUCCGUCCAUUCUCAAAGAAGCACACGCAUCGAUCAAAAACCCCAACGUGCUGACAGUUGUGUUGACUGGCCGUCGAGUGCAUCCAUUCCACAAAAUUCUACCACGCAUGCUCGCUUCACAAAACUUGGCGUUCGACAUGGUGUGCAUGCGGCCUGAUCCCGAAAUCGAACACGGCCCAUCUGUGUUUUCGUCAACAAUGGAUUUCAAGCAGGCGUAUAUAUUGAAUAUGCUGGAAAAGGUUCCGUCGUUGAAUAGGGUCGUCAUGUGGGACGAUCGGCUGCAUCACGUGAAACGCUUCCGCACGUUCCUGGAUAACCUCCGUCAUAGUCCUCGUCUCAAGAGCCACAAGGUCAUUUACGUCCAAGGGAUCCGGCCGCGAUACAAUCCAGAGUGGGAGGAGGCGGUGGUCAACUCGAUUCUCGAUGGGUCGGCAUAUACGCUGGUGCCCAUGGCUGCUUCGACUGUCGUGUCGUUGUCGUCCGAGGCUAUCCAAGAACUCAAGAAAUCAUUCCCUUACAGGGUGCGCACCGAAUUGAGUGGUGAGCUGCCCGUGUUCUUUGGCAAUAAUGUGGUUCUUGCGAGCAAGGAUUUGGCAAGGCACAGAGUACCGCUCGGUGGGAUUGGCACAGAGGUCGAUAUCAAGAUCCACAGCGUGUCGUGUUCCAGGUCCUCCCAUGGGUUGCAGCUGUUGGUGACGGUGAGUAAGGCUGGCAUGAAUCAGUACAGCAAGGAUGUGUAUCCGCUGCCGUUGUACAUCAAACCGUCCGAAAGAAGCACAGUGAUGAAGUUGGAAUAUUGGGAUUGGUCGCCGACAAAAGUGGAUGUAGUGGUACGGGGCAAAGUCGACUAUGGUUAUCUUAGAGGAAUUGAAACUUUACGCAAACCUGGUAAACGGGCCCAUAACACCUACUACCGCUAACUAAGCAUGUAUACCCUUCUCCCCCGCAUAAAAGCUCAGGUACCUCCAUCAUAUGCACCUAUCUUCCGUCUUCCACUUCUAUCGCAAUUGUACCAUUACAUGGGAAAGCUUCCGAUGCAUCCUCCAUAUUACUCAUUACAUGUAUACACACACACACACACAAGCACACUUCCAAUACAUAUCAAACACGCAAAACAAAAUGGCGUAUUUUCUUUUUUUCUGUUCCUUCAUUUGCAAUCCCUUUCGUCAAUAUAUAUUUUUUUAAGUUGAAAAAAUAAAAUAAAAAAGCUAG